AUGCCUCCUCGCCCCCGCCCCUCGGGUCGACUCUCGAGCGAAGCACGCUCCGAAACCUCAUCCUCAACGUCACCGGAACGCGCUGCAGACGAUGACACCGAUUUCUUCAUGGCCCAAGCCAAUGACUCGCAGUCGUCGAUUGGUGUGGCCACUUUCCGUGACAUCCACGUGCACGCGAGUCGAUCGGUCCCGGUGCCGCCGAUCGGGCGGCUCCCUCCCGAGAUCUUGAUCGCGACUUUCUCGAAGCUCGUUUCGCCGGUAGAUAUGCUCAACUGCAUGUUGGUAUGUCGAAACUGGGCUGCGAACAGCGUCGGGAUACUGUGGCACCGCCCGUCGUGCAAUAACUGGGACAAUCUAAAGAGUGUGGCGUCAUCCGUGGGUCAGCCCGAUAGCCUCUUUAAUUACGCGGACCUCAUCAAGCGGCUCAAUCUAUCCGCUCUGACCGAAGACGUCAGCGAUGGCACGGUCGUCCCUUUCACCCAGUGCAAGCGAAUCGAGCGGUUGACGCUGACUAAUUGCUCGAAACUCACGGACAAAGGUGUGUCGGAUCUGGUGGAGGGCAACCGACAUCUACAAGCACUGGAUGUCUCAGACCUCCGAUACCUGACAGAUCACACCCUCUAUGCGGUAGCAAGGAACUGUCCGCGGUUGCAAGGCCUGAACAUCACAGGAUGUUCAAAGGUGACGGACGACUCGCUGCUGGUCGUGUCACAGAACUGUCGUCAAAUCAAGAGGUUAAAACUGAACGGUGUUAAUAAUGUCACCGAUCGGUCGAUCCUCUCGUUUGCAGAAAACUGCCCAGCGAUCCUGGAGAUUGACCUGCAUGACUGUAAACUGGUGACCAGCCCAUCAGUAGCAGCUCUAAUUACUACACUCCGUCAUCUGCGCGAGCUGCGACUUGCACACUGCCUGGAGAUCAAUGACUCGGCAUUCUUGAACCUGCCUGAGCAAAUAACCUUUGACAGCCUACGCAUUCUGGAUUUGACCGCAUGUGAGAAUGUCAAAGAUGAUGCUGUGGAGCGGAUCGUGAGCGCUGCGCCUCGUCUAAGAAACUUGGUGCUGGCCAAGUGCCGCUUCAUCACGGAUCGCUCAGUCUCCGCUAUUUGCAAGCUCGGCAAAAACCUCCACUAUGUCCACCUGGGCCAUUGCUCGAACAUUACCGACGGGGCCGUAAUCCAGCUGAUCAAGUCCUGCAACCGCAUUCGCUAUAUAGACUUGGCUUGCUGCAAUCGCUUGACCGAUACCAGUGUGCAACAACUGGCUACUCUGCCCAAGCUGCGCCGAAUUGGUCUGGUCAAAUGCCAAACCAUCACAAACCGAAGCAUUCUUGCUCUGGCGCACCCUCCAAGAGCCAAUCACCCAAUGGUUAGCAACCUGGAGCGGGUGCAUCUCAGCUAUUGUGUCAACUUAGACAUGCGUGGAAUUCGUCCUCUGAUUAACAACUGCCCACGCCUUACCCACUUGAGUUUGACCGGUGUCCCAGCCUUCCUUGCGGUCGACCUCACAGCAUUUUGCAGGGAAGCCCCACCAGAGUUUACUCAACAACAAAGAGACGUAUUCUGUGUGUUUAGCGGCGAGGGCGUGACCCGGCUUCGGGAGUACCUGAAUGGUGAAAGCACGUCCCCACAAGAAGAAACCGAAGCCACCAUGUACGACGAUGACGAAGAACUGGACGAAGACGAGGGGCAGAUGACUGGCCUGAUGCAUGCCACUGGCAUCAAUGACGAAGAUUAUAUCGAUGUGCCCCCUCAAUGA